AUGCAAAAUGCUUAUACUGCCAAUAAAAUAAAACUAAUAUUAUGUUUUGUAUUUGUUGUGUUUUUAAAAUCAAGUGAUAAAAUAGAAACUUAUAAUUUAGGUAGGAAUACAGAUAAAUUGAAUUACAUAUUAAACUACAGAACUCCCAAUAGAUAUAAUAUAGAUAAUAAGAUAAAUAAAAGAUUUUUUAAAAAAAAGGAAUUUAAUGGAAAUGCUGUAAAAAAUUUUAAUGAUGAUGUAAAAACAAUUAGGGAGGACAUGUCUGCAGACAGUUCUCCAAUAGAAAAGUAUAACUUCAAAGCAGAGGUUAAUAAAGUAAUGGAUAUCAUUGUUAAUUCUUUAUAUACAGACAAAGAUGUGUUUUUAAGAGAGUUAAUAUCAAAUGCAUCAGACGCAUGUGAUAAGAAGAGAAUAAUAUUGGAAAAUGACAAAUUUAUGAAAGAAGCACAAACUGUAGCGGAUUCGUCUGGAGUUAAAACCGAUAUUGAAGAAAAAAGCACUUCUGAAGAAGGGAAGGGAGAUGGAGAAAUAGAAAAAAAAGAAGAGAAUGAAGAAACGAAUGAGAUAAAAAAAUUAAUAAUAAAAAUAAAACCUGAUAAGGAAAAAAAAACAUUAACAAUUACGGACAAUGGGAUAGGUAUGGACAAAAAUGAAUUGAUUAACAAUUUAGGAACAAUAGCUCAAUCAGGAACUGCGAAAUUUUUAAAACAAAUUGAAGAAGGAAAAGCAGAUAGUAACUUAAUUGGACAAUUUGGAGUUGGUUUUUAUUCGUCUUUUCUUGUUUCAAAUAAAGUGGAAGUUUUUACAAAAAAAGAAAAUCAGAUAUUUAGAUGGUUUUCUGAUUUGAAUGGUAGUUUUAUGGUAAACGAAAUAAAAAAAUACGAACAAGAAUAUGAAGAUAUAAAAACUAGUGGAACCAAAAUUGUUUUACAUUUAAAAGAAGAAUGUGAUGAAUAUUUAGAAGAUUAUAAACUAAAAGAAUUGAUAAAAAAAUAUUCCGAGUUUAUUAAAUUCCCAAUUGAAAUAUGGUCAGAAAAAAUUGAUUAUGAAAGAGUUCCAGAUGAUUCUGUUUCUUUAAAAGAUGGAGAUAAAAUGAAAAUGAAAACUAUUACAAAAAGAUAUCAUGAAUGGGAAAAAAUAAAUGUUCAGUUACCUAUAUGGAAACAAGAUGAAAAACAGCUGACUGAAAAUGAUUAUUAUAGCUUUUAUAAAAAUACAUUUAAAGCAUAUGAUGAUCCAUUAGCAUAUGUUCAUUUUAAUGUAGAAGGUCAAAUUUCAUUUAACUCUAUUUUAUAUAUACCUGGCUCUCUUCCGUGGGAAUUGAGUAAAAAUAUGUUUGAUGAAGAAUCAAGAGGAAUUCGAUUAUAUGUAAAAAGAGUUUUCAUUAAUGACAAGUUUUCAGAAGCCAUACCCCGAUGGUUAACCUUUUUAAGAGGUAUAGUAGAUAGUGAAAAUUUGCCUUUAAAUGUAGGAAGAGAAAUUUUACAAAAAUCAAAAAUGCUACAAAUUAUUAAUAAAAGAAUUGUUCUUAAGAGUAUUAGUAUGAUGAAAGGCUUAAAAGAAACUGGAGGAGAAAAAUGGAAUAAAUUUAUUAACACAUUUGGAAAAUAUUUAAAAAUAGGUGUAGUAGAAGAUAAAGAAAAUCAAGAAGAAAUUGCGGCUUUAGUAGACUUUUAUUCAAUUAAUAGUGGAGACAAAAAAAUAGAUCUUGAUACGUAUAUAGAAAACAUGAAAGAGGAUCAAAAAUGUAUAUACUACAUUUCAGGGGAAAAUAAAAAAACAGUUCAAAACUCUCCAUCGCUAGAAAAACUUAAAACAUUAAAUUAUGAUGUUUUAUUUUCCUUAGAACCAAUAGAUGAAUUCUGUUUAUCUUCCUUAACAGUUAAUAAAUAUAAAGGUUAUGAUGUUUUAGAUGUAAACAAAGCGGACCUAAAAUUAAAAAAAGAAGGUGAUCAAAACAAAACGGAUAGUUUAGAUAAAUUAAAAAUGAAAUAUGAAAUUCUAUGUAGAUGGUUACAUAAUAAAUUUUCACACAAGGUACACGAAGUUCGAAUUUCAGAUCGAUUAAUUAAUUCCCCUGCUUUAUUAGUUCAAGGAGAAAUGGGAAUAUCCCCUUCUAUGCAAAAAUAUAUGAAACAGCAAGCAACUGCUCAGGGAAUUUCAGAAAAUGAAAUGUUCGGUGGUCAAACAGCAAAUCAACCAGUGUUAGAAAUUAACCCAAACCAUUAUAUUAUUAAACAAUUAAAUCAUUUAAUACAAAUAGAUAAAAUGAAUUCACAAAAUUCUGAAAUUGCUGAACAAAUUUUUGAUAUUGCGUCGAUGCAAGGAGGUUAUACCAUAGAUGACACAGGACUUUUUGCAAAAAGGGUUAUAGGAAUGAUGGAAAAAAAUGCACAGACUUAUUUAAUGAAUGUUCAAGGUGAUCUAGACAAUACUCCUUCAAAUACAUCCUCCGACAAACCUGCAGAAAGCAGUACGUUUAAUUCUACGGAUCAGGGGAAUGAUUUAACUCUGACCAACGUUAGUCAAAGUGUCGAAGGUGAAAAAGGAAUAAACGAAAACACUUUACAAGGAAGUGAUUCAAGUGGAUUAAGUGGUGGCAACACAGGUGGUUUAAGCGAAAGUAGUUCAAAUGGGAUAAGCGAGAGUAGUUCAAAUGGGAUAAGCGAAAGUAGUUCAAAUGGGAUAAGCGAAAGUAGUUCAAAUGGGAUAAGCGAGAGUAGUUCAAAUGGGAUAAGCGAGAGUAGUUCAAAUGGGAUAAGCGAGAGUAGUUCAAAUGGGAUAAGCGAAAGUAGUUCAAAUGGGAUAAGCGAAAGUAGUUCAAGUGGGGUAAGCGAGAGUAGUUUAAGUGGGGUAAGCGGAAAUAAUUUAAGUGGAUAUAACAUAAACGAAAAUAGUUUAAAUGAAAAUAAUAUGAAUAAAUUGGACUCCAAAAUAUAUGAAGUAGAUCGAAAUGUUUUUAAUGAUAAAAUGCUUAGCAGUACAGAUAAGACAGUAUUAUAG